AUGAGGAGGUUAAUGAAAUUGGUGUCCUACUUUAUCAAUGCUACAGAUGCAUUAAGAUGUGUUAACAACUAUCAAGGAAUGCUUAAAGUAGCCUGUGCUAAAGAGUGGCAGGAAAGCAGGACGGAGGGCGAACACUCCAAAGAAGUUAUUAAACCAUACGAUUGGACCUAUACAACAGAUUAUAAGGGAACAUUACUUGGAGAAUCACUUAAGGUAAAGGUUGUACCUACAACAGAUCAUAUAGACACAGAGAAAUUGAAAGCUAGAGAACAGAUUAAAUUUUUUGAAGAAGUUCUCCUGUUUGAGGAUGAACUUCAUGAUCAUGGAGUUUCAAGCCUGAGUGUGAAAAUUAGAGUAAUGCCUUCUAGCUUUUUCCUGCUGUUGCGAUUUUUCUUGAGAAUCGAUGGGGUGCUUAUCAGAAUGAAUGACACAAGACUUUACCCCGAGGCCGACAAGACCUACAUGUUACGAGAAUAUACAUCACGAGAGAGCAAAAUUGCUAAUUUAAUGCAUGUUUCACCUUCCCUCUUCACGGAACCUAAUGAAAUAUCACAGUAUUUACCGAUAAAGGAAGCAGUUUGCGAGAAGCUACUAUUUCCAGAAAGAAUUGAUCCUGACCCUGCAGACUCACAAGAAAGUACACCUGUGGAAUAG